CAGCACUUCAUGAAGCUGCGAGGAAAGGAAACUUCGAGGUUGUGAAGUUACUGAUUUAGAAAGAUCCGGAAUUGGCCAUGUUGAAAAAUAAAGCGGGGGAGUCUCCACUAUUCCUCGCUGCGGAUCAAAUGCAUUUCAGAAUUGCAACCUGCAUCUUACAAGUUGUUCCAGGAUGCUCUUUCCAGGGAAGGAGCAAAAUGAAUGCCUUGCAUGCGGCUGUUGUUCGUUCAUAUGUCCAAGCUCAUACUUGCUAUACCAACAUAUUACACAUUUAUUUGGUAACCUUACUGCUACGUGUUGCCUGUAAGUUGAAAACUUGAACCUGGAUUCACAGUUGAGGAAUGCUCUCUUUUUUGUUGUCCACCAUUCAGGCAGGGACUAUAGUAGGUCCAGUCACUUCAACAUAACGACAAUGCUCAGAAGGGAUUUCCACCUGGACCAUGUUAAUCUUACAGAUUUCAUUAUACUGUCAAUUAAAAAGCGUCCAUCGACUAUGGUAGAAGCAAGCAACACUGGAUGGACUCCUUUUCACUAUGCAGCAUACGCGGUUCGGGAAGCCAUUGUCAAAGAGUUGCUGUUAGCUUGCACUAAAAAUGAGGAGGGCAUGGCUGGCCUUCAUGUGGCUGCAAGAGAAGGGCAGGUGCCUGUACUGGAAAAAAUUGCAGAAACUUGUCCAGAUAUUUGGGAUUUGAAAGACAACAAUGGCCGGACUGCUCUUCAUGUUGCAGCUGAAAGUGGAAAGGCAAACGCUGUCAAGUUUAUUUUGAAACAGGUCACUGAGGAUCAUAUAAAUGACCAAGAUAAUGAAGGAAACACGGCAAUGCAUCUAGCGACUCUGCAGGUUCAUGGGAAGAUCUUUCUGUUUCAGACAAAUGAUAGAAGGGCAGAUAUGACAAUCAUGAACAAGGAUUGUCUUGCUGUUAUGGACACAUUAAUUCAAUGAGGGCAGUCGACAUUUUCAGACUGGGUUGGAUGAAAAUUCAGUUGUCAAUUGCUGGUCUAGCAAGUUUAGAACAAGGUCGCAAGAAGAAAAUUGCAGCAAGAACAGAGCCUGCAAAAGACAAUGCGGAAAAUCAUGAGGAUGAAGAGGUUGAAGAUAAAAGAGUAAAACCUGGGGCACAAGAAGUUUUACCCUUUGCCGGUCUUAGGAAUGUGGCCAACACGGAUAUAUUGGUAUCAACUCUUAAAGCUACCGCAGCUUUCGCAGUUCCUGGAGGGUACAGAAACCAUGGACCUGAUGAGGGCAUGCCAGUUCUAAUCAAGAGAGCAUCCUUCAAAGCGUUUGUGGUGGGGAAUACCACAGCUCUUGUUUGCUCCUUUUUAACACCAGGUGUUCAUAGAUUCAAUACCUUUGUGGUGAACCGGAAGUCCAAUGUAAAGUGGACAGGGUAUGCGCUACUAUUAAGCUUCAUUGCCUCCUUUGGAAUGGGUGUCGCUUUUAUUGCUGGCUCCUGUGCAGUGUUAGCUGAUUGUGCUGCACUAUUUAUGGCAGUUCUCUUAAGUAGUUAUUUCUUGCAUGUUCUGCUUUUCUCACUUGCCCUUUUUAAUACAUAAGAUCAUUACUGAUUGAAACAGAACUUUGAUUAUACCAAAUAGGACUCGCCCUGUUCCUUGGCAGCGAGUAAAAAGCAUUUGAGAGAAGUCUCUCUUUUAGCUUUCCUUCCCUUCUCCCCUUGAGAUGAUGAAAUCAUAUCAAGUUAGAGAUUACAAGUUCAAAUUUCAUAACAUAAAGGUUUCAGCGUCAAUUGUAUAUGAUCACCCUCAAGACUGUAUGAAGCUGAUGAUGAGGCAUCGAGUUGUCCAAGGCUAAUUAAGUUUUGGCUCGCCUUAGAAGUAACUGCUUUGGAAGAAAAUUGAAAACAACAAAUCCCUUCCGGAAUACAAUAAUAAUUUUUUAUUAAUAGUUUA